UCGUUCAGGCAGUAGAAAAUUGUCAACGACACCGCCGACUUUGUAGCUUAAUUUAAUAACAUUUUAAACGAUUAUUUCAUGCUAAUGUAAACAUUAAUGUUUCUAUAUAAUUUAAACCGUCACACAUCUAUUAAGAUCUCUGUUCCAUAACUUGCAUCAUUAGCUAUUUCAUUUCGUUUCAAUGUAUCCUAUAUCAUGACUUGUUUGAUCACAUUUUACAAUAUAGAAAUUGAUUUUAAUUAUACACCAAUAAGCAGUUAACGUCCCAUCUUCAUUUUUCAAAUGGUCUUCACAUUGAAAUCCAAUAUUAUUUAGAUUGUUAUUACAACGCUCUAUACAUUUUUCAAUUAUCGGGGGUGAACGGUCCAGAUUCAUUAUUUGUACUUUCGCUUGCGUGCACUCACAUUUUUGUUUCUUCGACAUUGUAGUUUUCCUUAUUUCACACUUCUGACCGUGCUUUCCAUUACAACCUAUGUAGAAGAAUGCCAAUUGCAUCAAAACUCCUGUCACUAGUUAUUUAUGGACGGUGAAUAUAGUUUUUAAUUAACAUAGCAUCCAUUUAUAAUAAUUACAUUUACGUAGAUAUAGAAUUAUUUUUAUCUCCAAAAAUGUUGGCCACUUGGAUCAGACCUAUUCAGCAUCGAGCCUUCUAAUGGUAAGUUGAAAAUGUAAUUUAGAUUGAAUAUUUUCCGAUCAUGUAAACAGACACCCAGCUUUUAAAAAUUCUCAGAAAAUAAAAUAUGGAGAACGUUAAUUACUUGGACACUUCUAAUAAACAGGUUUUCAACAAUAUACAUACAGCUACACAGAAGUAUAGUGACGAAGAAUCUUUAUGUAAUGGAACAUUUACUAAACAAAACUCAGUACAGAGAAAGAUUCCUGAAUAUCACUGUGAGAUUUGUAAGAAAACAUUCUUUUCCGAACAUGAAGUCUUAACACAUAAAGAAACACACGACAGGGAAAACCCCUUUCGCUGUGAUAUAUGUGGUAAAUAUUUUGUCUAUAAUAGUAUUUUAACAAGUCACAAACGAAUGCAUACUGGAGAAAAACCGUUUCACUGUCAAAUAUGUGGGAAAUCUUUCUCUGAGAAUUCUCAGCUUACAAUCCACAAACGGAGUCAUACCGGGGAAAAGCCCUAUCAUUGUGAAAUAUGCGGAAAACAUUUUGUCGAUAACAGUAAUUUAACCAGACAUAAAAGGGUUCACACGGGAGAGAAGCCGUUUCACUGUGAAAUGUGUGGGAAAUCAUUCUCUGAGAAUUCUAAGCUGAAAAUCCACAAACGUAGCCACACGGGAGAAAAACCUUAUUGCUGUGAAACAUGCGGGAAAUCUUUUGUCAAUAAUUCUAGUCUUGUUAUCCACAAACAUAGUCACACUGGAGAAAAGCCUUAUCACUGUGAAAUAUGUGGAACGUAUUUUGUCUCUAACAGUAAUUUAACAAAGCACAAACGAAUACAUUCUGGAGAAAAACGGUUCCACUGUGAAAUGUGUGAGAAAUCUUUCAUUGAAAAGUCUAGUCUUAUAUUCCAUAAACGUAGACAUACUGGAGAAAAACCAUAUCAUUGUGAAGUUUGCGGGAAAUCAUUUAUGAAAAACAGUCACUUAAAAACCCACAGAACAAUUCACACUGGAGAACAACCAUUUCACUGUGAAAUUUGUGGGAAGUCAUUCCCGGAGAAUUCUAAAUUGACAAUUCACAAACGUAGUCACACUGGAGAAAAACCCUAUCGUUGUGAAAUGUGUGGAAAAUCUUUUGUUAGUAAUGGUGAUUUAACAAAACACAAAAGAAUACAUUCAGGCGAAAAACCAUUUCACUGUGAGAUCUGUGGAAAAUCUUUCGUAGAAAAUUCUAGUCUUGUGGUUCACAAACGAAUUCACACUGGAGAAAAACCAUAUUGCUGUAAAAUAUGUGAAAAAUCUUUUGUCAGUAACAGUAAUUUAAAAAACCACGAACGAAUACACUCUGGGGAAAAAAACUAUCACUGUGCAAUCUGUGGUAAACUGUUUAUCACAAACAGUAUCUUAAAAAGACACAAACAAAUACAUACCAGAGAUAAAUCUUUAACCAAUAUGGAGGGCGUUAAUCACUUGGACUCUUCUACUAAACCCGUUUUUAACAAUAUAGACACAGAUACGCAGACAUAUAGUGACGAAGAAUUAUGUGGUGAAACGUUUACUAAACAAACGUCAGUACAUAGAAAGAUUGCUGAAUAUCGCUGUGAGAUAUGUAAGAAAACGUUUUCGUCAAAAUACGAAGUCAUUACGCACAGAAAAAGACACCACAAGGAAAAACCCUUCCGCUGUGAUAUAUGUGGAAAAUCUUUUGUUUUGAAGAGUAAUUUCGCAAGACACACAAAAAUACAUACCGAAGAAAACCCGUUUCAGUGUCAGAUUUGUGGGAAAUCAUUCAUAAAAAAUUCGAGUCUUGUUAUUCACAUACGUAGUCACACGGAAGAAAAACCACACAAAACCAUACAGACUGGAGGAAAACCCUACCCCUGUGAAAUAUGUGGAAUAUCUUUUGUUCAUAGUAGUAAUUUAACGAGACACAAACGGAUUCACACUGGAGAAAAACCUUACCACUGUGAAAUAUGCGGAAAAGCUUUUGUCUACAGCAGUAAUUUAACCAGACACAGAAGAAUUCAUACGGGGGAAAAACCUUACCAUUGUGAUGUAUGUGGAAAAUCUUUUGUUGAUAACAGUAAUUUAACAACACAUAAACGAAUUCACACGGGAGAAAAACUGUUCCACUGUGAAAUCUGUGGCAAGUAUUUCAUUGAAAAUUGUAAACUUACAAUCCACAAACGUAGACACACUGGGGAAAAACCUUAUCACUGUGAUAUCUGUGAGAAAUCAUUUUCUGUGAAGUCUUCUCUUAUAGUCCACAAGCAAUUACAUACGGGAGAGAAGUCUUAUCUUUGUGAGAUGUGUGGUAAAUCCUUCUCUCGGAACUCUGAUCUUAUCAGUCACAAACGUAGACAUACGGGAGAGAAACCCUAUAGCUGUGAAAUAUGUACGAAAUCAUUUGUGAAUAACAGUGAUUUAAAAACUCACGAACGAGUACACACUGGAGAAAAACCUUAUUAUUGUGAAAUAUGCGAUAAAUCGUUUUCUGUUAGUUCUAGUCUUUUAGUUCAUAAACGUAGACACACGGGAGAGAAACCGUUUCGGUGUGAAACUUGUGGUAAAUCGUUUGUCAAUAGUAGUCAUUUAAACAGGCAUGAACGAAUUCAUGCUGGAGGGAAGACUUUUAACAGUGAAACGUGAGAAAGGUUCCUCCAAAGAGACAUUUAUUUCGAUUAAAUAAGUUGGAAAUCGUCUUUGAAUUCUCGUCGCAUCGUCUACAAAUGUACCCUCACUUUCACUGAAACUGUUUUGAAAUCCUUCUAUUGUGAAUUAUAAACAUGUGGUUAAUAAAUGAACGCACAUGAAAUAAGUCAGCCCAUGUAACGAACAACAGAAUAUUGACCGGAAGAAAAUAUUAGUGUGAAAUCUUGAAAAAUAAUUCUCUAGGAUUCUAAUCGUGAAAUCCACAAACACAUUCUGGAAAAGUUGUCAUUAAAUAUUUUUUUAAUUAAUCAUAACUGGAAAAACACAAAGGUAAAAAUCCUGAAAGAUACGAAAUUUGCAGAAAAUUAUUCUUUCAAAACCCCUUGUUUAAACAAGCAAAUAUCAUUGUGUUGAUUGAUCUGUUACAUAUCUCUUGUAAAUAGACUUGAAAAGAACUGAGAGAUUCAUGUAAAACAUGACUGAAAUUCUAACAUUUUAUCUGUAAAUUUUAUAUUAAAAAUCUCAUUUAAAUAUGUUAUAU